AUGAGAAUCUUUUUCGUUUUUCUUUUCAUUUUUUUCAUCGAAAAUUCUCAACAAGUAUAUCGCGGUGAGUUAGGCAAAAAUUAGGGGGCUAUUCAAGAAAAAAGUGCGCGAAAAAUUGGAUAAAGAAAAAAAAUAAAAAACUUUGCGGUGGGUGGGGGUCGAACCCUGGUUUCCCAAACCACACGCACGCAUGUUAGCCCCUCAGCCACGGGGGACGUUUUUCAAGCUAGAGAAAAUGUCGCAUAUAAAUUGCGUUUUUUCCAGCAACUUCCUACAAAAUGACACGUCAUCCGGAUUGUCGUAACAUCAAAUGUUACGGCUUGAAUAGUUGUCGAAAAAUUCUCAACAUGAAAUUAUGUCCGAAUAACUUGAAGACAUGCACAUCUUUGGCUUGUGUCUACGAAUUUCGUGGAAGUCGGAAUGAGAAUCGCCAGAAGAAUCUGUCGGACAGUGCCUGUCUGAAUUAUGAAUUCAUUGCAGAAGAAUCCGUGAAUAGUUACAAGGCUGAAUUCGAUUAA